UUUUUGUUUUACUGGGGAACACAGGAUAAGAUCCAGUAAAUCCUGUGGAAGAUGGCCUUCAGUGAUUUUACAUCGAGGACCGUGCGUCUUUAUGAUAAUUGGAUCAAAGAUGCUGAUCCAAGAGUUGAAGACUGGCUCUUCAUGUCCUCGCCUCUACCACACACCAUCAUCCUGGGACUCUAUGUCUAUUUUGUCACUUCUCUGGGACCAAAGCUCAUGGAGAAUCGAAAGCCCUUUGAACUCAAGAAAGUGAUGAUAACGUACAAUUUUCUCAUAGUACUCUUUUCUGUGUAUAUGUGUUAUGAGUUUGUGAUGUCUGGCUGGGGCACAGGUUAUUCAUUUCGAUGUGAAAUUGUUGACUAUUCACGAUCGCCUACAGCAUUGAGGAUGGUACGCACCUGCUGGCUUUAUUACGUCUCCAAAUUUUUUGAGCUAUUAGAUACUAUCUUUUUUGUUCUACGUAAGAAAAAUAGUCAAGUGACUUUCCUGCAUGUCUUCCAUCAUACCAUCAUGCCAUGGACCUGGUGGUUUGGAGUCAAAUUUGCUGCAGGUGGUUUGGGAACAUUCCAUGCCUUUCUGAAUACAGCUGUACAUGUAGUUAUGUAUUCCUACUAUGGACUGUGUGCACUGGGACCAGCCUACCAGAAAUAUCUGUGGUGGAAAAAGUAUUUGACAUCAUUACAGCUUGUCCAGUUCGUUAUUGUCACCAUCCACAUAGGCCAGUUCUUUUUCAUGGAGGAUUGCAACUACCAGUUUCCCGUCUUUCUAUACGUCAUUAUGAGUUAUGGGUGCAUCUUUCUGCUGCUCUUUCUCCAUUUUUGGUACCGUGCUUACACCAAAGGUCAGAGGCUACCCAAAACUGUGAAAAAUGGAAUCUGCAAAAACAAAGAUCACUGAAAUUCAAGCACAACAUAAGUCUAUGAAUUAGACUGAUAUCUUGUCUUCCUUGACAAUCGAGAUAUUUCCAUGUGCAGUGCAUUUUAUAUAUUUUUCAAAAUCAAGAUCUUGUAUUUUUAUGAUAAGUUAUUGGGGUUUCUGAUAUUUGAGAGCCCAAAGCUCCCAGAUAGUAAAGUCGUCUGAUAAUUAGAGCCUGAAGCAGCCAGUUUUUCAGAUGCUUUUAAACCUAAUCUAAAAGUUUUAUUUAAUACAUUUUUUUAGAAUGAAAGAAGGAUAUGAAACAGUACAGUAGUCUUCAAAGAAGUCCAGUGUAGAUGAAAAAUAUCAUUAGAUAUUUUGAGCAUGGACAAAUGUCCAUUCCAUACAAUAGAUUCCUUCUGCUAGGUCUGGAAACCUCUAACUGUGGACUCUGGCUUUGUUGCUUGUUGACUAUAUUCAGAAAACACCAUAUUUACUCUAGAGUUAAAUUCCCAUUCUAAAGAGCUAAUGUGGAUGAACGUUAAGUGAAGUUUUGAUCAGUUAUCAGUUAAAAUCACUAACAAUAAUUUGUGCUGGAUCUCUUGGGUAGCUGGCACCAGUUCUGCUUGUAAGACUUCUUCACAACACUUUUGUUGGGUAAACUUUAAAAGUAAUGAUCCUUUAGGUUAGUAUAUGGGUGCACUUGAAACUAAGGUUAAGUUAAUAUUUUGAAAACAAUGGAUUGUUCUGAUGGCUUAACAAACACGUUGCUAUUCCUGUUUUACAGUGAACUUUGUGUAUUUCUGUAAAGAGGUGAAUUUGUCAAUGGAAAAAGUAUUCCAUGGUUCAGUGGAAAAAAUCUGUUGUCGGUAGUAUUGUAAUGUCACUUUCUCGUCUUCUCAUGGUUUAAAGGAUUAUCUUGGUUAAAUAUAUAUUGAUUGGACGUAUAAAUGUUCAUAUCAUUAGCACACAUUAAAUGAUUUUUAGACCACUCAGUAUACGUUAUACACAGUUUCCAGAGAUGGAUGAGAGUGGCUUGUGAAGUAACUGGAGGCACGUGGUGGCACAGAGAUUAUCCAAGGGAGAUUUAGUUAUAGGGAUCUCUCUCAUAAAGAAAGAGAGUGUGAGAGACAACAUAAUAAUUAUUACAGAUUCACUGCUUGCAAAAAUAUCUUCCAGAAUUAUGAAUUGAUUAGCAGCCUGCAUAUCUUUUUUCAAACUUAUGAAGUAUAUAAUGAAAGAUGGACAUUCAUUUGUGUAGCUUUCAUUUCUUUAUAAUUGGCUAUUUUCUGAAAUUCUCUUCUCAUGUUUUCUUGUUGGAGAACCCAACUACUCAUCAGUAGAGUUUUGCCCAAGAAGCAGCAAUAUUGAUGUUCCUGAAUUUUUCCUCAUUGCUUUUUUUUCUUGUUAUAUUUAUUCUUGAUUUUGACGGACUCCUUAUACUUGUAUAACUUUAAGCAAUUAGUACCCCAGUUACUGUGUAACACACAGUGAUACUUAAUUGUACUAACUGUAAACUCCCAGUGUUAGGUGUCUCCCUCCUAAUCCAUUAGUCUCUACCAUGGCCUUUUCUCUUCACACUCACCAAAUUCAUAAGGUUAUUUGCCAUUAAGUGACCUUUAGUGAUUUCACUUGCUUACAGUGUGAGAAGAUAAGGGUUGAUAAAUGGGGAGAAUUUCAUUUUUUUAAAUAAAUAAUAAAGAACAUGAAAGCAAAGAUAAAAGAAAGAGAAGUUCUAAUUUUCUCUCUGAGAUCUCAGGGUUCCCUCAGUGUUUUCCUGUUUUGGCUCUUUGGAUCCAACCUGUAGUAAUACGGGGAGGUAUGGCGAAUGCUAUCACACAUACAAUUGCCAAAGACCCAGAGACUUUUUGGGCAAAAACCAAAAGGAAGCAAAAAUGAAAGAAGAUAAAACAGGAGAGUUUGAUUUCUUUUCUUGCAUACUUUCUGACCUAUGCUGAACAACCUCUUCUCAUAGUCUUUAAAAUGUUUGAGGUGCCUCUGAACUAGCAGCAACACGUGAUACAGCUGCAUUCUACUUUCUGUGACUAGAGGUGGAGAGCCAGAACGCUACAUGAAAAGAGAUCACAGCUGGUAGAAGUAACUCCCUACGAACAUCAGCAGAUCAGAAUGGGUAUCACUUGGUGUAGGACUGGAUAGGCAUUGUGUUGUUAAAGGAGUUUCUGCUGGGGAUUCAUCCACUUUUCAGGACCUCGUUGCUUUGAGCUUGCUUACCUAAGAAAUAAAAGCCCAGCUACAAAACCUGGUUUAUGACAUAAAGUUCUAUAAAUCCUUUGGAACUUACAUGUCUAUUAUAAGUAAAUAUAAAAAUAAAAUUUUAAGUAUCUAUGGGGCAUUUCCAAUUUACAGUCCUAAAUUGAGUAAAAUUUUUAACUGAGCAGACUGCAUUGUGCCAUAAAUUGUAAGAUUGUGAGGUUAUAUUUCUUCAAUUAUCCCUUUUUUCUGUUAAAUUUUUAAGACAGUGGGAAACUCUGUAGAUACUGUCAAAGUUUGGGUUUGGUUGUUGUGUGUUAUAAUAAAUUUGUGAUGUUACAUGUA